ACAAUCCCUCCAGAAGUCAAAGCUGUUAGAAUGAGCUGUCUGCUCGGUCUUCCUUGGUCGCCAGGAACCUAGCCCCACAUUCUGGAGCCCAGAGCCCGCUGAUGCCUCUCCAGUUUGCUCCGGGCCCUCUCCCUCCCACCUCUCCACCUCGGAGCGCUCCAGCCUCGCUCCGCCCGCACAGCCCCAGCGCCCCCGAGCUUUAUCAGGCUCCUCACACACAUCGCUGGCUUCCUUUGGCACCCGGCGUUGGUGACCCUAGCUGAGCAGCCACCGCCUCCGAGCCCAGUCUCCCUCCUCCCACUCGUGGGUCACCGCGCCUCCGGGCUUUGCUCCCUAAAGCGCCUCGGCGCCCACCGCCUUUCAGGUUCAUCCUGGGCUGGACCUGUUUUGCUCAUCCCUAAACCCGGAGAAGUGGAAUCUGCACACUGAAACUCUCGGUGGCUGGAGCGGCGGACUGGGCAUGCUCAGAAGCCAGGCUUGGCUUUGGUCUCAAGUCGAGGGAAGCUUUUGCACUCGCGAGGCAGCGGCGACUUUAGGGAAAGUUGAUCCGAGAGGGGAGGAAGCCCCAAGACGCGGAGCAGCGGCAGGAAGGAGCCCCCGGCAGCCCGGAGGAGCAUGGGCACCCUGCGGGAUUUACAGUAUGCGCUCCAGGAGAAGAUCGAGGAGCUGAGGCAGCGGGAUGCUCUCAUCGAUGAGCUGGAGCUGGAGUUGGAUCAGAAGGACGAACUGAUCCAGAAGCUGCAGAACGAACUGGACAAGUACCGCUCGGUAAUCCGGCCGGCCACCCAGCAGGCGCAGAAGCAGAGCGCCAGCACCUUGCAGGGUGAACCGCGCACCAAGCGCCAGGCGAUCUCCGCGGAGCCCACCGCCUUCGACAUCCAGGAUCUCAGCCACGUGACCCUGCCCUUCUACCCCAAGAGCCCACAGUCGAAGGAUCUCAUAAAGGAGGCCAUCCUCGACAAUGACUUCAUGAAGAACUUGGAGCUGUCACAGAUCCAGGAGAUUGUGGAUUGUAUGUACCCCGUGGAGUAUGGCAAGGACAGCUGCAUCAUCAAGGAAGGCGAUGUGGGGUCACUGGUGUAUGUCAUGGAAGAUGGGAAGGUAGAAGUCACAAAAGAAGGCGUGAAGCUGUGUACCAUGGGUCCUGGAAAAGUGUUCGGGGAGCUGGCUAUUCUCUACAAUUGUACCCGGACAGCGACCGUCAAGACGCUUGUAAAUGUGAAACUCUGGGCCAUUGAUCGACAAUGUUUUCAAACAAUAAUGAUGAGGACAGGACUCAUCAAGCAUACCGAGUACAUGGAGUUUUUAAAAAGUGUUCCAACAUUCCAGAGCCUUCCUGAUGAAAUCCUCAGCAAGCUGGCUGAUGUCCUCGAAGAGACCCACUAUGAAAAUGGAGAAUAUAUCAUCAGGCAGGGUGCAAGAGGAGACACCUUCUUCAUCAUCAGCAAAGGGAAGGUGAACGUUACUCGAGAAGACUCACCAAGUGAAGAUCCAGUCUUUCUUAGAACUUUAGGGAAGGGAGAUUGGUUUGGAGAGAAAGCCUUGCAGGGGGAGGAUGUGAGAACAGCAAACGUUAUUGCCGCAGAGGCUGUCACCUGCCUUGUGAUUGACAGAGACUCGUUCAAGCACUUGAUUGGAGGACUCGAUGAUGUCUCUAACAAGGCAUAUGAGGAUGCAGAAGCAAAAGCAAAAUAUGAAGCCGAAGCUGCCUUCUUCGCCAACCUGAAGCUGUCUGAUUUCAACAUCAUUGACACCCUCGGAGUUGGAGGUUUCGGACGAGUAGAGCUGGUCCAGUUGAAAAGUGAAGAAUCCAAAACAUUUGCAAUGAAGAUCCUUAAGAAACGCCACAUUGUGGACACGAGACAGCAGGAGCACAUCCGCUCAGAGAAGCAGAUCAUGCAGGGCGCUCAUUCUGACUUCAUUGUGAGGCUAUACAGGACAUUUAAAGACAGCAAAUACUUGUAUAUGUUGAUGGAAGCUUGCCUAGGUGGAGAACUCUGGACUAUUCUCAGGGAUAGGGGUUCAUUUGAAGAUUCAACGACCAGAUUUUACACAGCAUGUGUGGUAGAAGCGUUUGCCUAUCUGCAUUCCAAAGGGAUCAUCUAUAGGGACCUCAAGCCAGAAAAUCUCAUCCUCGAUCAUCGAGGCUACGCCAAAUUGGUUGACUUUGGUUUCGCAAAGAAAAUAGGAUUUGGAAAGAAAACAUGGACUUUUUGUGGGACUCCGGAAUACGUAGCCCCAGAGAUCAUCCUGAACAAAGGCCAUGACAUUUCAGCUGACUACUGGUCACUAGGAAUUUUGAUGUAUGAGCUUCUGACUGGCAGCCCACCUUUCUCAGGCCCAGAUCCUAUGAAAACCUACAAUAUCAUACUGCGGGGGAUUGACAUGAUAGAAUUUCCAAAGAAGAUUGCAAAAAAUGCUGCUAAUUUAAUUAAAAAACUAUGCAGGGACAACCCAUCAGAAAGGUUAGGAAAUUUGAAAAACGGAGUCAAGGACAUUCAAAAACACAAGUGGUUUGAGGGCUUUAACUGGGAAGGCUUAAGAAAAGGCACAUUGACACCUCCCAUAAUUCCGAGUGUCGCGUCACCCACAGACACAAGCAAUUUUGACAGCUUCCCUGAGGACAGCGAUGAGCCUCCACCGGAUGACAACUCAGGCUGGGACAUAGACUUCUAAUGUAUUUCUCUUACCUGCUUCUGCCUUGCUGAAGACAGCUUUUUUUCUGAGACACAGCUGCCAGCAAACCUGAGGGACAGGAAGAUGAUUAGUGCUCGGGGUCACCGUGAUGCCUUUGGUCGAUGCCUGCUCCCGUAACUACAGCGGCAUUAGGACUUAUCGCUUAGAUUACGAUAGUGCUCUUUACCUGUCUUAUGUUUGAACCUAAACUAGCAGUUGACAUGGUGGUCCUGAAGCAAAGCCUUUCACCAGUAAAGCGAUGUUUUCUAUUGUGGCGAUGACCUUGCUUUGAUCUGAUUAUAUUUUGAAAGAGUGUAGGAAGCACCUCAAUCUAGUAGAGAAGGGUCUGUAUCUUGCUAGAACGACCAAGAAUAGAGAAUAAUAUAUUUGGUACGAUAGAUGACUGUGGUACGGAACCUGGGCUACGAUCCCUUUCAUCAAGAGAAAGGGUAAGGCUGUAACUGCAAGCCGGUAUAUAUCUCGAACAAUGAGGACCACCUAUCUGUGGGUCACAGAGUUCAUGUCAAACCAGUGCUAGAUGUUUCUGAGUUUCUUUCUGAGCUGAUGACGAGACUGAAUGUUACCUUUUCUUUCUGAUCGAUUCUAAACAUUGGCCCUGAUUGAAAAAGCACAACUGUAUGGUUUGUGUACAAGCCUCCCAUGGCAGGUACAUAGUGCAUUUUUUGGAGGGCAGAAAACGUGGGUGAAAACUGAGAAAUUGACAUGACAAUAUGGAAGUGGGGAAAGAAAUUCACAACACCAUUUCAUAUCUUUAAAAAAAAAAAAAACAUUGUGCUUAAAGAUGGUCCUGGAAAUGACUAGCAGCCUAUUGGUUUUAUUUAUUACUUAACAUUCCUCAAACUGAGGUUUAAACUAUUCCUUUUUAUAAGAAUAAACCCCUAGGGGAAGGGGUGGGGUAGGGUGGAGAGGAAUUAAGACCCAUCCAAAAAAUAAAAAUGAAAAGGUGCUAUGUCUUUCUUUCAUCUGUAACAUCAGUGUCUGAAUGGACGACACAGAUUCUAAUCAUCAUGUCUAGCCAGAGACUCAAGCAUUUUCACCAACUUUAUUAAAAAUAAACUCCUGUCAGACAUCACAACACAGUCCAGGUCUCAGAGAAGAAGGAUAUUAAAAAUGUAUUUAAACUAGUCUCUUGUCUUAAGCCUGAACCAAAACAAAAUACAUAUGUCCAGUCUGAAAGCACAAAGUCAGAGGUAUUAAAGACUUACUGUACUAAGGAGCUUUGUUGACUUGAGGCCAGGGAGGAAGGCAAAACCAGGAGUUGAAGACUGUUCCCUAGAUAAGUUUAUUAGAGUAAGAAGGGGUAAGAAAGGAAAACAGGAAAUCGAUUUUUCAAAACUACAUUUUAGAUAAAUCAAGCAGAGGUAUUGCAAUCUUGAAAUUUCAUGUGAGCUAGAGAAGAUAAAAUUUGAAAAGAUCAAAUGGACCGUCCUUUUCACGUGAGGAAAAGAAUCAUCAAAUUAAACCAAGAAUGUGUUGUUGGCUGGCCAGUUGGCCACUGUCAUUAAGUGGCAGAAGUUUCUUGGCAGGUGACAUUUUGUUUGUAUGGAAAAAUGAACAAUUUUCCAAGAUAUCAUCCUGAUUUGGAUAUGUAUGUUAAUAGAGGUUUGGUUUUUCUUAUGUAGAAAUUCCUAUAAAAAUGUUUCCAUUAUAUUAACAUAUUAUAGCCAAUAAAUCACAUGACUUUUGUUUCAAAUAUCAUCCUUAAAAUUAUUUUCAACUGUGCUUAUCCUAUCAAAAUAUAAAACUCUAAAAAUAUUUGAAGUCUAAAACUUAUAAGUGUAUAUUUAAUUAGGAAAAAGUUCAAUUAUAACUUUGACCCUUAUAUCAUCAUCAUCAUCAUUAUUAUUAUUAUUAUUAUGAUGUAUUGGAAUCCUCUCCUUCAUAAGCAAUUCUUAAGAUUACUAGAUUUCCCAACAGAGUUAUAAAUUUCAACAGACUAUACAAUAUAAAAUUAAAUACAUCAAGCUAAAGUUCAGUAAUUUCUGGAGGUUUAUUUAUCUUCUAACUGGCUUUAAAAACAUAAUCCCAUAAUUAUCAUCAGUGUUCAAUAAUUUUUGUUGCAAGAUAGUGUGGUUUAGGUAUGCUAAAGGCUUGCAAAGGGGAUCUUUUCUCUCUAAUAUUUCAAAUAUUCACAGAUCCCCAGGAAUUAACACAGACCAUGUAUUUAAGAACUGGGGUUCGAGGCUAAGACAAUGUGUGUGUGUGUGUGUGUGUGUGUGUGUGUGUGUGUGUGUGUGUGUGUACAUGUUCUAUGAAGAAGAAAGUUGUUGCUUCCAGCACAUCAUGACUGUGGGUUAUUUUCCACUUGUGAUACAUCUUUGUUCAUUUCAUCCACAGUAUUGGUUAGAAUGCCCAACACAAUAACAAGAUAAAGAUGAACUCUAUCUUCCAUGAACUGCUAAUAGAAUUUCAACAAUGAAUAUUAAGGAUUUAAAUCUUAUCUUAAUGAAGAUACUAGGGCUAUAAUUCAUGGUCAGCUUCAUAAACCACAUCUUACUUUCUGGUCUUUUCCAUGCCCCCUAGUUUUCUGGAUUAUUUUGUUUUGUUGCACUAAUGACCAUCUGGAUAAAUUAGAAUAGUGCUAACUUGUUUGAUUUUCUAACUGACUUUCUUGUUGAUAGUUUUGUGUGUGGGAAAUAGGGCUUCCUGUGUGUCUGAAAUCACAGAAAAACAGCAAACUGCCGAGAAAGGACAUCACAAUGUUUAAGUAGAUAGAACACAUUAGAGAAAAUGAGUUUUGGAAAAUUGUUACAGUUGAUUUUUAUACUUGUGAUUUUCUUUGAUUUUUGGAUGUGAAUGAGAUCCAUGUAGCAUUUAAAACAAAUUUAUUUUUAUUAUAAUCCUCAGUAGUCAUAGGGCUUUUUCCUUAAAAUUAGGGAACAUACGUGUGAAUUACACAUGUAGAAUAAUUUCUAAAAUGUUGAAUCAUCCUCACUUCAUUUCCAAAUGACAGACUUUAUGGCGAACCUAAAGAAGUCAGCUACCAUAUUGAACACAAGGAUAUUAAAACCGACUUUAUACUCACAGAGGCAAUUUGUGCAUUAUCUCCCACAUUUUCUUUCACAAUAGGACCACAACAAAUAUUUAUGUAAAUAGAUAUUUUUGUGUGAUAUUUUGUGGUACAUAUAACUUUUUUAGUGUUUCACAGCAUUAUGAUUUUAUUUUAUUUGUAUUAAAUAAUGUUUUAGGUCCAAGUAGACUUGAAUGGACAUUACAAUUGUUAGUAUUAUUGAAACUUAUGUCAAAAGUACUGUCAUUCAUCCGUCCCAUAGUUUAGAACAUGACCUGGCUAUCUGGCGUUGUUGCAAGUGCCUUAAACUCAUGGCAUCUUAUUAAGAAAACAAAUUUGGUGUUAUGCUGCAUGACAAAGACAAACACACCUCAAAACGUUGUCCUUUCUUAGCUUGCUGCGUUUUACAGUUCUUUCUGCUGACAAUUUAUAAGCCUUUAUUAUAUAAUAUUGAUGAAUUACAGAAAUGAUGAAGUUGUUAUCUUAUUUUUGUUCAAUGUACCAGAGCUGUGUGUCUGUUCAUGAGAUACAGCGUCAUUUCUGUGAAAUGUAUAAAUGUAUGUGCAGGUCAAAUUACAAUAUGACAUACUAUCAGUCUGUAUACAGGUAUUCCUGUUUUGCUAAAGCUGUGCAGACUCAACAAAUUAAAAAAAAAAAAGUAGUGCAGUCAAA